AAUGGUUACAAGCUCAACAUCUGAACUUUUUCACGUCAUGUGUUGCUGUUCAAGUUUUUUUCUUAGCGGAAAAAAACUAAAUUCUCAUUUUGAAAAUUAACUGAUGUGUUUCUUAUAAUUUCCUCAGUAUUGGACAGGAAGUAUGACAUUGCUCUGUCGCCAAAACCCAAUGCAGAGAUGCUUUUUUUGGAUGGUCUAAACUCAUUUUGAUUUUGAAGUUCCUGUUUGGUGCAGCUUUGUUGCUUUGCAAACAGGGCAGCGGCACUUUGUUUUGUAGUAAAAGGCAAAAAUCUUUAAAGAAGGCAGACUUAUUUGGCUUGCAAAUCAAGAUGGAUAACAUUUUAUUUUACAUGCUGGACUUACUGAUGCUUCACUCCUUCACCCACUGCGGACUUGCUCAAGUUUCCAACGAGGUUGUUGUGACACAACAACCAAAGUGGCCUCAGAUCUUUAGCGGUGAGACGAUCACUCUGACAUGUGAGGUCCAGGGAGGAGAAACCAGUGAGUGGACGUAUGAAUGGAGGAGAUCUGGGUCAUUUAUAUACCAAUCACAGGAAAAAAACUUGACUUUCAGUGUUUACGAGUCAAACAGUGGAGACUACAGGUGUCUAUGUCUACUCAAAGAUGACUCGCAUUCUUCAACACAGUGGAGUGAACCCAUCACACUGUCAGUAUUACGUAAACCAAAGGCCCAACUGAGUGCGGACAGCACAGAGCUACCAGUGGGAGGCAGCGUGACCCUGACCUGCUCAGUGAACUCAUCAUCUUCAUUUGGUUGGAAAUAUUUCUGGUACAGAGGUGAAAAAUCCUCUGGACCUCUGACCACACGAGAUGCUGUUUUCCUUUCAAAUGGAAAAAUUAAUGUCUCAUACUCAUACAAGGGACUGUUUUGGUGUAGAGGAGGAAGAGGGGAACCAGUUUACUACACACACUUCAGUGAUCACAUCAGCAUCAGUAAGAGCGUAUCUGUGGAGUCCAUCCGUCUUGCCAGCUCUUCAUUCACUAUUCUGUUGGUCGUUGGACUAGUUAGUGCAAUCCUUCUUAUUUUUCUAGGGCUCUUGCUUUGGCACUACAGAAAGAUCAAAGACUUUUGGCACAAGAGAUCAAACCCCUCACAGAGUACCAGUCAGAGCUUCACCGCUAACCAUGAUGUCAACCUGAAUGAAACCUAUGAAUACAGCUGUCCUCCUCAUGACGAACCCACAAACGCCACAUACUCUGUGAUUGAAAUGAAAAACUUUGGGAAAGAAAGGGAGACUGUUUGCCCUGAUGUGAAAACAGAAGCUACAGGAAAAUGGAGUCCUGCAGCAGAUGCAGCAGUUUAUUCUAACAUUGGAGCAGAAACAUCUCUGGCUAACCAUGGUGCCUUGUACAGUCAAAUUAAAAAAAAACAUUCACUACCCUGUCAGAUUUAGAUUUAAAUUAUUUUCAUUUAACUUAUAAUUUUAUUACUUAUAUAAAAUGAGAUAGAAUUCUCUCAGUAGAGAAACACGAAAAAGGAGUAUCCAUUUCAUGAAAAUAAAUAUUUAGAUGCUUUUAUUUAGAUUUUAUUAAAAAAGGCAUGUCAAAAAUAAUUUACACCCUACUCAGUAAAUAAUUUAAAAUCAUUUACUGGCAUUACAGCAUUAAACCCAAGCAAAUCAGGUUUUGCAUGUUUCUCCUGGUAAUUUGACAUUUUAUUCUCAGAGAAGUCUUUGAAGUUGGAAGGCCUGCUGGCAAUCACCCUAAUCUUCAGCUCCCUGCGAAGAUUGUAUGAUGCUAAAUAUGUAAUGUGCAUAUUUCAUUUUGUUAUAAACUGUCACUAGCAAUUUGACCCCUUUCAGCUUUAAAUUAUAAACAUUGUCAAUUAUCUAAAUUAAGACAUUUUAGGUCACAAUAAGAACAGAUAGGAUGAAAAAUAAAAUAUCAUUCUUGAGUUUUUUAUUUUAAUUGGGCUUUAUGCAAUUUGAUUUGAGUCAGAGUCUGACUUUAUAAAAUGAAAUUGUAUUAGAGUAAACUGGAUCUCAGUGAUAUGUUUAACAGAGCUGAUCGUAACAUACUGAUUGCCAGACUGAAAAAGUGAUUUGUACUAAACUGGUUCUGAUGUUGUUUGAAUGAUAGAGGCUAUUGUGUUUCAUUGGUUAGUUAUAAAUCACAUGUUUGGGUCCUUAAGGCUUCAUUCUCUGGCCGCUUUAAUUCAACAUCCAUAUGACUUGGAACUUUAUAUUUCUGUGUCAACACUUGAUCGCAGUCACUAAAGUCACAGAAUUAAUCCAAAACCUCAAUGGAUGGAUCAGUCAGCCCUUCCUUCACCCUAAUGUGCAAAAGAUAAAAAUACUUGUUUUUGUUUCCAGAAAUGCAAGGUUAGAAAUCAGCACUCAGCUAGACUCUAUGAGGGUAAAGAUCACAGGUCAUGCAAGAAACUAAGUAUCAUCAUAGACGCAGACCUAAAUUUUUACAUCCAAUUUAGGUCUAUUGCUAAAUCAGCCUGUUACCACAAAACGUUACAUAAAACAUAAAAACAAUGAAUAAAAGACUUUCUGUCCAAACUAGACCCAAAAGAAAAACUCGUGCAUAAUUUAUUUUGAGUGGUUCCCUGUAUGUGAAAAGACAGAAUUCAAAAUUGUAUUGAUAGUGUGAAAGUAACUAAAUGGCUUUGGGCCUCAAUGCAUUUUAGAGUUGCUGGUCAUGCAUGUACCAUUUAGAUACCUCAGAUCAUCAGAUAUCUGCUCACUCAGUGUUCCCAGAACCAGAGCUAAACAACUGGGCUGGUACCACCUAACCUAAAAACAUAAGACAACUGUUGGUUCCUUUAAAUCAGGUCUGAAAAUGUCAGUUUACUUCUGCUUUCCUAUAAAGGCAAGAGAUUAUAUAUCUAUUUUAUGUUGUAACUUUAUAUUUGCUUUAAAUUUCCUUUUUGAUUUUCUUUCAUUUGAUGCUAAAAAAUCUAUGAUUAUUGCUUUAAUGGUUGUAUUUCUAACGCAAUUCUUUUUAUCUUUGUUCCUUUAUUUUUCUGUAAAAAACUUGGAAUUGCCUUGUGCAUGAACCGUGCUAUAAAAACACAUUUCCCUUGAUAAUUGUUUUCUUGAACUGGAUUUUAUAGGUAAUUGCAUAUGAAUUGGACCUGCCUGUCUUGUACAAUGAAUUAAAAUACAUAGCAGUAUAUUAAUGUUUAAAUUUAAGGUACAGUAGCCAAUCUUUACCUCUGUUCAACACAUUCUCACAUGAACCUAUUGUCUUCAAAGCUGCCUUGUGUGUUUAUAUAAAAUUCAAUAAAUUUACAACAGAUGACAAAUCAUAA